AUCUAUCUUUCGUUGUGGUCACUCAAGAAUAUCAAGAAAAUAAAUGGAGGAGUUGAAGCCAAGUGUUGCAAACUCACCACCGUUGACGCCCUUAGGCUUCCUCGAAAGAGCAGCCACCGUGUAUGGAGACUGUACCUCCAUCAUUUACGGCACUUCCACCGUAUACACAUGGCGGGAGACCAAUCUCCGCUGCCUCAGCGUCGCGUCCUCUCUGUCUUCCAUUGGAAUAAAAAGAUCCGACGUCGUCUCCGUCCUCUCCGCUAACACUCCGGCCAUGUACGAGCUCCAGUUCGCCGUUCCGAUGAGCGGAGCAAUCCUCAACAACAUCAACACGCGCCUCGACGCUACCACCGUCUCUGUUCUCCUCCACCACUGUGAGUCUAAGCUUCUCUUCGUCGACGUCUUUUGCUCCGAUCUCGCCGUCGAAGCGAUCAAGAAACUUGACAAGCCGCCGAUUCUCGUCCUCAUCGAGGACGGUGAGGAAGAUAGUGCUGACGUGGCGGACCGUUCGAAAUUCUGUUACUCGUACAGUGUUUUAGUGGAGAGAGGAGAUCCGGAUUUUAACUGGAUCCGACCCGAGAGCGAGUGGGAUCCGAUUGUGGUCAACUACACCUCCGGUACGACGUCGUCUCCCAAAGGAGUGGUUCACUGUCACAGGGGUAUUUUCGUCAUGUCGUUGGAUUCAUUAAUCGAUUGGACCGUACCGAAAAAUCCGGUUUACUUGUGGACCCUACCGAUAUUCCACGCUAACGGUUGGUGCUACCCAUGGGCUAUCGCCGCCGUCGGUGGAACUAACGUCUGUUUACGUAAGUUCCAGGCGCCGUUAAUCCACCGUUUGAUCCGUGAUCACGGCGUUACUCACAUGUGCGGCGCGCCCGUAGUGCUUAACAUGUUAACGGCGAGUCAGGAGGAAACUCUUAAAAGUCCGGUCCAUUUCUUAACCGCCGGUUCUUCACCGCCGGUCACGGUGCUCCUCCGCGCGGAGUCUCUCGGUUUCAUUAUCAGCCACGGAUACGGUUUAACGGAAACAGCCGGCGUGGUGGUCUCCUGCGCGUGGAAGCCACAGUGGAACCGUUUACCGGCGAGUAAUCAGGCGAGGCUGAAAGGCCGGCAAGGAGUGGGAACCGUCGGGUUUACCAAAAUAAACGUGGUGGAUCCGGGUUCGGGUCGGAGCGUGGAGAGAGAUGGUGCAACGAUGGGGGAGAUAGUGAUGAGAGGGAGUUCGGUCAUGCUCGGUUACUUAAAAGAUCCUGUCGGAACGAGGAAGACUCUAAAGAACGGGUGGUUCUUCACCGGAGACGUCGGAGUGUUACACGGAGAUGGGUAUCUAGAGAUCAAGGAUAGGUCGAAAGAUGUAAUCAUAACGGGUGGAGAGAAUGUGAGUAGUGUGGAGGUGGAGGCGGUGUUGUACACGCACCCGGCAGUGAAUGAAGCGGCUGUGGUGGCUAGACCUGAUGAGCACUGGGGAGAGACGCCGUGUGCUUUCGUGAGUUUGAAACCCGGGUUGACCCGGAAACCCACGGAGAAGGAGAUGAUAGAGUAUUGUAGGGAGAAGAUGCCACAUUACAUGGUGCCUAAAACGGUUGCGUUUCUUGAAGAGUUGCCUAAGACAUCUACGGGGAAGAUUCCUAAGUUCGUGCUUAAGGAGAUGGCUAAUAAAAUGGGUUCCACGAGGUUAAGUCGGUUGUAAAGAAAAAUAAACUAUAAUAACAAGCUAUGGAUUGAAGUGUAAGAUAUGGCUUAGACUGUUGCAUGAGUGGGUUGCUCUUGGAAGUGUUUGGUUCAGUUUUGUUUCUUUGGUUCCGGUUCUGUCAUCUUCAAGUUAUAUGAUUGUGAAAGCAUUUAGGUUUAUGGGUUCAAUUUGAUGUCAAGAUUGUGUGGCGAUACCCUUUCUCCUUAAUAAAGCUCAGUUCAUGUGUUUCUGUA